AUGAACGAUCGGAGAGUUGUGAACAAGUGUGAGAAGACCGCCGAGGCUCCGCGAUCCGCGUCCCCCCGCGCCGUCCACGGAAGACGAGAUUCAGCCAGAGUUGUGGACGACAAUGGAGGGGACGUCCCUGUGUCUUCCUAUUGUUAUUUUACUCAUGCAAUGCCACAGAGUUCAGAGCUGCAGGUUUUCGGCCUCGUCUUCUGGCGCACGGCCGAAACCCAGACUGGACCGGACCGGACCGGACCGGGCGCGUCCCUGCAGAGCCACCAUCCCAAAUCUCAGUCUCUGCUCCCACACAUGGUGCGCUGCCUCAGACAGCUGUUGCUCCCUGCGUUGGGCUCACACAAGAUCGCACUUCCCCGAGGGUGUCGAGGUUCCCCUUCACUUCCUGUAACUGUGUCAACCAACAGACCUAAGGUGGAGGUGGAGGAGUUCUCAGACGCAGAGCUGUCGUGCCUGUUCCACACGGAGAGAGACCCGAACCCGCGCAUCGAGUGGAAGAAGAAGACAAAAGAUGUCUCCUUCGUCUACUUUGACGGGAGCUUCAGAGGUCCCUUUGAAGGCCGAGCGACCAUCGUCGGUGCGACGGUGACCCUGCACAGAGUGACCCAGGAGGACGCCGGAGAGUACCGCUGCGAGAUCAGCGCAUCCCUGGACACGGUCAGCCUGGGCGAGACCAAUGUGACCCUCAACGUCUUGGUGCCCCCGCAAACUCCCACAUGCGAAGUCCCAGCCUCGGUGGUGACGGGCUCGGCGGUCCAGCUGCGCUGUCGGGACCAGCAGAGCGUCCCACCCGCCACGUACUCCUGGUUCAAGGACAACAAGUCAAUCAGCAAGCCCCGUCACGCCAACGCGACCUAUCUAAUCAACUCCCACACGGGAAUACUGGAGUUCAAAGCGGUCACCAAAGAGGACAGCGGUCGCUACAGCUGCCUGGCGUCCAACGGCGUGGGCUCGCCCAAAAUGUGCGAGGCCAAGCACAUGACCAUAGAGGACGUGAACAUCACCGUCAUCCUGGGGGCCGUGGUGGUGGUCUUCCUGCUGCUGGUGGUGUGCGGCUGCGGCGGGAUGCUGUUACAUCGUAACGGCUUGUUGACUCAAGGACACAGAGGGAGGUCGUUUUGGAUCUCCCAGUGUCACGGCGCGGCCCACAUCAUCAGCCAAACCCUGCACAGAGGGGACGACACGUGAGUGAAACACGAGGACAAGUUUACAGCCAGAAGAGUUUAAAUCUCAUUACCGGCACCGACUCCAGGAAGCGUCCUCCCCCUCUCCGUCUCUCCGCUGGGGAAAUAAAUCGUGGCCACGGCCGUUUUGUUUGGAUUAAACUAACGAGAUAAGGUGUUAAUUACUUGCCGCUAAGCUGAUUUCUUUUACUGUUGGAGUCGUAUCUUUGUUUCCUCUGGUCCUGCAAGCUGCAUGUUGAACACACAGAAGAGGCAGGAACAUCCUAUAACACAAGAAAAAUAUCCUCCAUUUCUCAUCAUUUCAGACGGAAAUAUCUAAUUAUUUCCCCUAAAGUUCAGGAGAAACCUUAGCUUCGGGUCAAAGUGUAACACCAGACUCCUUCAAGUCCAAACAAUCACCGAAGCUGAAUAAUUCAUCACAUCAACUUUGGCAUCUCUACAUUAUUAAAUAACAAAUGUAAUAUUUAUAAAGCCAGGUAGAAAUGUUAACAAGUCUACUAAAGAACUGACCCGCUUCAUUAAAGUUGAAUGUGACAGAUUGACAAGUUAAUAGACACCUUUGUUUAAACCGGGGCAGAGUGUGAGAGCUGUAGGUAGUCAGUGUCUUACCAAGAGUGGAAUGUUUAAAACAUUAAAACAUAAUCAGGAAAUGAAAACAUAAUUUCCUGAUUAUGUUUUAUCUGCUUUUGCUAUUGGAGAUGAGGAAGAAUUUCCACAUAUCCCACCAACAUUUUAAGAAAUUGAAACUAACAACUGGAAUCAUUCAGAGGCUGAAAACAGGCAGAUUCUCCAGAUAUUUGUAAAUACUAAUAGAUUUAACUGAACACUUAACUUGUAUGUAAAUUUGGAACAUUUUUAUGAUUAAAUAAAACUACUUAAUUAUCAUAAAAGAAGCAUUAAAAACAGAGAAGGGUUUGUUUGGAGGUACAAAAUAGCAGCUUGUGCUUUUUAUCUGCUGCGCUCCUCAUUGUGCUCCAUUAAAUCCUGACUCAGAGGUGCCUUUCGCUCGGUUCUUUGUACCAUGUAUGUAUAGAAUGAGUCAGAACCCAGCUGUCUGCUGUCCUCACGGUGGCUUUGUCUUUCAGGUCCAACGUCAACUAUGUCCCCCCACCCCAAGAACCCCAGGAUUUCAAACACACUCAAUCGUUCAUGCUCUGAGAAGAUGGCUCCCCCCCCCCCCCCCUGCCUCCCUGCUGUGAUGAGGUGCCAACGAUGGAUUCAGAUUUCUUUCCCCGCUUUUGAUCUCCCAGCAAACACCAAACUCUAUCCUCGCUUUGUUUUUGAUUUGAAUCUUUGAUUACAUUUUGCUUUUUGUGCUGUUCACUUUCACCCAUCAAAAUUGGGACUUAAAGAAGCGCUGUGGCACUAUGCUGCCCCCUGCUGGUUACAUCUCGAAAGCGAUCCUCUGACGACUUUUUUUUUUUUUUAAAUCAAAGACUGAUGCUUAAUUCAAGACUUUUAUUUUCGUUUUAGAAAUUGAAUCUAAGGGGAAUCUUUUGAAGCCAUACUGAAUCAUUUCAGUUGUUUCCAGACAACUCAAGACUUAAAUACAGCUUACCUCCAGUCAGUAUUUUGUCUUCUGUCUCAGGCCCAAACACCAUUCAGAUCCCCAUAUCAUGAUCUUAGUAAAACCAGGAGGAUUAAGUUUGACUCGUUCAACUUGAGACCAACCCCCUUCCGUCCUGAUGUGCCUGCAUGGUCUUCUUUGAUAAAUGUAUACAUAAAUUAUCUACAGUAAACCUUGUGCCUUUUUAAUUUCACAGUCAUAUCAAUCUCGGGAUCACGCUUUUUUGUAAACAAACUUGCCUUACUUUUCUGUCUUUAUAUAUAUAUAUAUAUCUAUUCUCGUGCCACUGUUUAUCAAAUGAUGUGUGGAUGACUAUACAGUUUUAUUUGAAUGAAUCAAUAAAAGGUUUUUUUUUCUUUUCUAUUAAA